UCCCACUGGAGCCGAGGAACAGCUCUAAACCCAGACAGGAGAAAUAGAGGGAGAGGGGAGACUCCAGCUCCCCCAGCCUGGAGAUGCAGGUAUUUAAAAAAAACUUCCUCAGCGGGGGCUUUGCAGUCGUGACUUUUCUAUUUCUUGUGGUGGCAUGAUGUUUGCCUCUGACUCUGAGUGGGAGCUGUAACCUGGACAGACCUGAAGGGGAUUGUUGUUGGUAUUGUACGAGCUGAAAACUUCUCUCAGGACAAAUGAAGUCACUGGAAUCAGGUUUUCUCUGUGACGCGGACUCGACCAGCAGCUCCUGACAUUUACUGAGCUGAGAGCACGGUGAAGAGAGGACACUGGUGGAGUUCACACAGGAUAAAAGAACACGACACCAUACAGUAGGAUGGAAGAAGCCGCAGAGGACAUAGAAAAGAUGACCUCCCAGCAGGCUCUGUGUGUCCCAGACAAGACGACCAGCAAACGGCCCAGAAUCUCCACUCUCAAGUUGUUUAUUGUGGCGCUGUCCUUCGCCUAUUUCUCCAAGGCCCUGACAGGGACCUACAUGAAGAGCUCCAUCACUCAGAUCGAGAGACGCUUCGACCUCUCCAGCACGCACAUCGGACUCAUCGAUGGCAGUUUCGAGAUGGGCAACCUGCUGUUCCUCGCUGUGGUCAGCCAUUUUGGUGCCAAGCUGCAUCGGCCCAGACUCAUUGCCAUGGGCUGUUUGCUCAUGGCAGUGGGGGCCUUUCUCACCGGCCUGACCCACUUCUUCAUGGGAAGCUACAAGUAUGACACAGUCAUAAAGCUUUUCCAGAACGACAGCGUAAACAUCGCUGCCUGUGUGGGUCCACUGGAAGAACCUGAAAUUCUAGUAGAACUUUCUUUAGAGGACAAGAAAGCCUGUGUGAGGGAGUCGGGCUCCAACAUGUGGAUCUACGUGUUCCUGGGGAACGCUCUGCGGGGCAUCGGAGAAACCCCGGUCACACCUCUGGGCAUCUCCUACAUCGAUGACUUUGCUAAGGCUGAAAACUCUCCGUUCUACAUAGCAUGUCUCCAGACCAUUACUCUCCUGGGCCCCAUGUUCGGUUUCCUCCUGGGCUCCUACUGUGCCAGACUGUAUGUUGACAUUGGAUAUGUUGAUAUGGACAGUGUGACCAUCGAUCCUCAAGACGCCCGCUGGGUCGGCGCCUGGUGGAUGGGCUUCAUGGUGUCCUCUGCUCUCCUGCUCGUCUCCAGCGUCCCCUUCUGGUUCCUGCCCCGCUCUCUGCCCGAGCAGGAGGGAGAUGAGGGCCAGCCGGCCAGCUCAGCCCCGGGUGGGACAGAUGUCGCCCUCAACAACAACAACAACAACAACCACCACAACCUCAAGUUGACCGAAAUCGCCAAAGGGUUUGUUCCGUCGCUGAAGCGGCUGUUGGGAACUCCUGCUUACUUCUUGCUGCUUUGUGGCAGCGUCCUGAAGUUCAACUCCUUCAUCGGCCUCUUCACCUUCAAAGCCAAAUACAUGGAGCAACAGUUCGGACAGUCUGCAUCCAGAGCCAACUUCCUCAUAGGUGUGUUGAACCUGCCCGUGGUGGCGGUGGGGAUCUUCCUGGGAGGGCUGCUGAUGAAGCGCUACAAACUGAGCGUGGUGUCGGGGGCUCAGCUCUCCUUCGCCACCUCCUUCAUGGCCUACCUCCUCCUGCUGCUGCAGUUCGGCACCAAGUGUGACAACAUUCCCGUGGCUGGGCUCACCAUUUCAUACAACGGGACGCAGAGUGUCUCACACGACAGAGAGAUGCUCUUCUCAGAGUGUAACAGAGACUGCUCGUGCUCGGCAGAGGAGUGGGAUCCUGUGUGCUCAGACAGCGGCAUCACCUACAUCUCUCCGUGUUUGGCUGGCUGCCUCGGCUCCAGUGGAUACGGCAAAAACACAGUUUUUCAGAACUGCAGUUGCCUGUCCGCCUCCUUCCCGGCAGGCAGCAGUACGUCGGUGAAGCUGGGUCGGUGUCCCCAUGCCAAGGACUGCAGCCGCAGCUUCACCUCCUACAUGGCCGUGUCUGUGCUCAGCUCCUUCAUCAACUCUCUGGGAGCAACACCCGGCUACAUGGUCAUCAUACGAUGCAUCACACCAGAGCUCAAAUCACUUGCUCUGGGUAUUCAAACCUUGGUAACCAGGACUCUUGGUGGAAUUCCUGCACCGAUGUAUUUUGGGGCCCUGAUUGAUUCUACGUGCCUGAAGUGGUCGAUCAAGAAGUGCGGGGGCAGAGGAGCCUGUCGCAUUUAUGACUCUAACAUGUACAGGGUAAUCUUUCUGGGUCUGAUCACUUGUCUCAGUGGUUCCUCAUACAUAUUCAUCAUCGCCGUCAUCAUCCUCCUCAGAAGACAGUUUCGAAAGCCAGAGCAGGAAACAGAGAGACAGCGAUCGAAAGGUAAGGAAAUCGAACUUAAGACCUCAUCGAGCCCCACUGAGGAUCAGCUCACCGCUCCCAAAAGUCCCAUCCCAAGAGUUUUGGUGAGGAUGGCGUCAGAGCUGGAAGAGGGAGGGGACAUUCAAAGAACAGAGCGGCUCGCCAAAGAUGGCGGACAGCAACAGUCCCGCUGCCUGACAGAGGCCACAGUUGAGCUCUCCCCUCCUCCUGCUAAUGGAGCAAAGUUAGAGCCUCAGUCCGAGGAGGAGGAGAGAGAGCAGAAAGAUGAGGUCUCCACGGAGUCAAAUGCACAAGUGGAUAAAGAGAGCGCAGAGGACAAGGACGAGACACAACAUGGCAAAGAAGCUGAUGGACCACAAGACUAAGGUGUUUACCAUCAACUGCAUAUGAAAAUGGACGUAGACUCAAGGUACAGAGAGUGAAGCCAGCGUGGAAGUGCCUGAAACCUGCAUUCUCUCAACUCCGCUGGUUGCAAAAAGAAGUCUAUGAGAAAAUGACGUCUCACUUGAUUUGUAACGUCAUUAAACAUUUUCAUAUGGACUUUAUGAUCGCAUUUUCUACUUUCAAGUCUUCUUCGACACAGCAUGAUGUUCAUUUUGUAAAUGAUGGUCCUAUUUAGAGUAGACAAUAUAGGACAAUCGGCAUUGGGGCCUGGAUACCGUGUGAUUGAAAGCUACUAGCGUCCAAUAGGUGCAGGUCGCAGUUGAAGGUGGGCGUUCAGUGUCAGACUCACCCUCAGCUCUUCAUCAUAAAAUAACAACAAAAUAAGAUGGAGUGUAUAAUUUCUGUCAGGUUCCUUCAUAUCAAGUGUCAUGUACUUAAAGUGCAAAUUUUCUCAAUCUAUGUAAUUGUUUUAAACCUGCAGUAAUUAUUUGGCCACUUGAGGGCAGCACAACAAGAUGUAAACACUACACAAUCAUCAGGUC